GUACAAUUCAGUUUCAGUUCAGAAAAUUUCUUUUGGCAAAACUAAUCCAAUUUUAAUAACUAAAAGCAUAAAAUACAAUAUAUAUAUUAUAUUUUCGUUUUGUAUACAUCAUAAUGAAUACAUUAAGGGUGUUGUCAGGUGUCGCAGCUCGAGAUGCAUUGCGUGGGAGCAGCACAAUCUUUCUGUUGCAACAUCAGUCGCGAAUGGGUAUAGCUAUGACUUCCGUGCAGAGAUCCAAGGAAGUUGUUGAGAAUACUGAAUAUCCACGAAAAGUUUUCUCAGGCAUACAGCCUACCGGUGCAUUACAUUUGGGCAACUACCUGGGAGCGGUACAAAAUUGGACGAGACUGCAGAAUGCCAAAGAGGAUGUAUCUUUUUGCAUUGUGGACAUGCACUCGUUAACAGUGCCACAGGAACCAGUAACUCUACGGGAAAAUAUCUUUCAAAUGGCGGCGGCAAUGUUGGCUUGUGGUAUUGAUCCAGAAAAAUCCACACUAUUUGUGCAGUCGGCGGUAAAAGAGCACGCAGAGCUGUCGUGGAUUUUGGGUUGCAUGACAACCAUGGCACGGCUUGGCCACCUGCCUCAGUACAAGGAAAAGACGCGCGCUGUUAAAGAAAUCCCACUUGGUUUAUUUGUUUAUCCUGUGUUGCAAGCUGCAGAUAUCCUGCUUUACAAGGCCACUCACGUACCCGUCGGUGAGGAUCAGGUUCAGCAUAUACAACUCACUCAGCAUUUGGCUCGCACAUUUAAUACCAAAUACGGUAAUACAUUUCCCAUAUGCCAUGCUGUAAUUAGUGAUAAGUCUGCUGCGCGCAUACGUUCCUUACGGGAUCCAAGUAAAAAAAUGUCAAAGUCUGAUGUUGAUCCAAAAGCUGUUAUCAACCUCACAGACGAAGCAGAUGUGAUUAUCGAGAAGGUGAAGAAGGCAGUUACAGACUUCUGCUCGGAUGUACACUACAAUCCUGAAACACGUCAGGGCGUAAGCAACCUGAUAGCCAUACAUUCGCUACUCUCUGGCAAGAGUGUGCAGCAAAUUUGCGAAGAAGCCAAAAGUAUUGAUACUGGCAAAUAUAAAAUGCGUGUGGCAGAAGAGAUUGUGGAGCAUUUACGGCCUAUACGAAAUAAAAUUAAUCAACAACUGGUGCGACGCAAUGAAUUGGUAUAUGUGCUAGAGAUGGGCGCUGAGAAAGCGCGCGAAAAAGCUGCUGCUACUCUGGCGGAAGUGAAACAAAAACUAGGCAUGGGAGCGUGUACUAAUAUGCCACUUGUAGUAGAGCAAAAGGAGGAAGCGGCGAAAAUGAUCGCGCAACCUAAAAGGGCAGCAGUUGAACUGAAAAAGAUUGGUGACGUAGAAGUGCCGGUGGUACCGAAGCAGCAAUUGCGCGUGGAGAAGAAGCAACAAAUGCGCAUUGAAAUCAAAACGAAUUUAGAUAUGGAUUUAGCAGCACCACCGCUAUUAGCUGUUAAACCGGUAGCGACAACAAACAAACCAGCAGCAACUGACUCAUCGGCAGUGGUCACCACCAAAGCUUUGGUACCGAGAAAAGUGGACGCCAACUAAACGAAGAUGGACCAACAGCAAAAUAUUAAGAUUUAGGGAAUGGUUUAGCAAAAUUGUUAGUAUUGACAUUCAGGUAGGUUCUGCAGUGAAUUUCAAACAUUGCCAAAUUGAAUUUAAAGCGAGUUUUUUUGUUAACUCACUCGGAAAUGAAUUACAGAACCAGCCUGAAUAAGUUGUUAAUAUUCUCUAUUUGUUAACUUUGUGUGUGAGCGAGAGAUUAUUUCAAUUUAUAGUGUCCUAGGUUAUUUUAAGAGCGUUUACUUUUUUUCUGCGUUUUGUAAAAUAUUUUUAAGUAGGUGAAUGUAUUUGAUGCCUAAACUUAAAAAGAGGAGCAGCAAAACGACGCUACUUAAGCUUUAAACUAUCAAAUUAGAUAAUGAUAAUUUUUUUAUUUAAAUUUUAUUGUAAAUUACAUACAAAUGCGGAAAAUAAAUGUGCGCUUUCGGAAAA